CAUGAGGCCGGAGUUCGUUCUGACCUUUAUACCAAUAAACAUACAAAAAUAAAUGAACCUCGAAAAUGAAUUUGGUAUGCUCGAGUUAUAUUUCGUGUCAUCCUCUGUCUAGUAGGAUACUUGAUAGGCUUGUGGUCACUGUCUGAUUUUUAUUACUCGAACUUUUGACCAUACUUCAAACUCGGAUAAUCCAUCUCGUAAACUGGUUGAAGAAUCUUCUAUAUAAAGGGUUAGCACAUUGCAAGUGCAGUCUACAGUUGAGCAGAAAGAGAAUACUCUUCCAUGGCCUGCUUAAACCUGGUCAAGAAUGAACAACAACAAGGCCUCUACAAUCCAAGAAUCUCAUUCUCCAAUGAUUUUGCUGAUCCUCAACCAGUGAUGAAGCAAGGAAACAGCUAUAGAGAAGCCCCUGUCUCGUCUGAUUUCGAGUUUUCUAUCUCUAAUAAUACCAUGAUUUCUGCAGACGAACUUUUCUCUAAGGGCAAAUUGUUGCCCUUGAAGGAAAACUGCACUAAAACCACCACCCUUAGAGAUGAACUCCUUGUUGGCGACGAUGAUAAUGAUUAUGAAAAUGCAUCACCAAGAUUAGCUAAAGGUACAAGCCUCUGGAGGGAGAGAUUAGGUCUAAAGAGAUCUCCCAUUGUACCUAAGAAAGCUGAUAAAAACAUAGAAAGAACUGAUGAUCUAUUCCAUAAGCAGAUUUAUGCCAACUUGAAAGGAUCCAACUGGUGAAGAUGAAGAAGAUUUUUGUCAUUUUUUUUUCCUGGAUUCACAGAAACAUGCUGAGGUACAGCCCGGGAUUUGUUGAUUGUCAUCCUUCAUCUGGGACAAGUGAUAUUUGUGUUGACUGUUUAUGUUUGUACAAAUGUUUUGCAGUUUAGUACUUCAUUGUGCUAAUCAAUAUGUAUGUGUUCCAUUUUUCUAGUCUCAUUAUGAUGCCAUGUCAUUUGUUUUCUCCUCUUCAAUUGGACAUACUUACCAUUUCAACCAUAUAA